CCUGCAUUUUACAACCCAAUUCCUUCCCUUUAUCCUAGCAAGAGGAACAGCUUCCUUACUGACACCAUGUUCUCUAAGGUGCUUCUCUGCUGCCUCGUCGCCUACGCGGCUGCCGCGGUUGUUGAGGAAUACCCACCUCAGCCAUACAGCUUUGCCUAUGACAACACCGACGAGUUCGGCACCCGCAUCGCCCACGAGGAGAGCGCCGACUCCAACAACGCUAGGGUGGGAUCCUACACCUACUCCGAUGCCUCCGGCAUCGCCCGUACCGUGAAGUACACAGCUGACGCUAGCGGCUUCCACGCCACCGUCGAGACCAAUGAGCCAGGCACCAAGUCCUCCGCCCCAGCCGACGUGCAAUACGCCUCCUCUGCCGUUGAGGGCCCAGCCCCAGUCGCCGUCAAGGCUCCAGUGACCGUCCACGCCGUGCACGCCGCUCCAGUCGUCCACGCCGUCCACGCUGCCCCAGUCACCUUCGCCGUCCACCACGCUCCAAUUGCUUACCCUUACUCUUUCGGCCGCGCCAAGAGCGCUUAAGUCUAAAGUCAGAGUGAAAUCGGUUAGAUAUUCUUAAAGUCCAGAACGUUCUCCCACACUCAUAUGUAGACGGGCAUGACCGAUGUUGAAGCAUCAUGAUUUUUGUCAUUGGUUCAGCCCAACUACUCCUCCUCUUUGUACAGUAGGUCUUUCUUUCUGGCUGCACGAUUCGGCAUAAAACACGUACACCGUGUUUUUAUCGGUGUUGUGCACCAAGAAAAUAAAACAGUAAUAUAUUU